AUGAAGAUACAUUCUCUACUCAACCCAUGUCGUGGCGACGAGCGCGAUGGCUAUCGCGGCUCGGAGUCUCCAACACCAGCGCCUAUGCCUCGUCCCAUGGCGCCGUACACUUCGGUUCCGAAACGACAGAAGAUUCCCAAAGACGCGCCCGUCUUCUCAGAAAGCGCCCAGGUUGUCGGCCAUGUGAACUAUCCCCCACACGAAGUGUUCCAAUACACGUAUAAAGUGCCGGGCGACGAUAAGGAGUAUGUUGUCGUUUGGGACUACAAUGUUGGCUUAGUCCGCAUGACGCCAUUCUUCAAGUCACUGAAACACACCAAGACGAUACCAGCAAAAGCUCUGAGGGAGAAUCCGGGUCUCAAGGAUGUCAGCUACAGCAUCACGGGAGGGGCCCUAGUAUGUCAAGGAUACUGGAUGCCGUACCAAGCCGCCAAGGCCAUCGCCGCGACGUUCUGUUGGCACAUUCGCUGGGUCCUGACCCCUGUUUUCGGAUACGAUUUCCCCGAGAUGUGCUUCCAUCCAGAAGAUCCCAGAUACGGUAGAUUCCUGAUCGCUCCUGAGAUCGUGCAGGAAUGUAUCGACGAGACAAACCGUUUCAGAGAGGAGGGGUGCGAUUAUCGGAUUGCGAGCCAGAUGGGGUCGACUACGGUGGAGACACCACAGCUGCCAACUUUGAACGCGCCUUGGGAGCCCAUGUCGCAUCACCCACGAAAGUCGGAAGAGAGUGGCUAUUACACUGGCGGGGACCAGAACGAGAGAUCUACUGUUUCGCCACAAGUUUCGCCGCGGGGUUCGACCUGGAUAUCUGCUUGGACAUCAGUCAACGGCUCAAAGUCCCCAUCAUCGUCACCUAUUGUCCACUCCCCAACUUGCGAUCGUACGGCGAAUGAAUUACCGCCUCUCCACCAACACUUGCGCGAGUAUGGGGUCCCCUUGGACCCGCGCCCAACCUCGGUGCCGCGAGGUUACUAUGACAAGGCUAUUCUCACGAAAAGGCCACAUUCAGAGAUUGUUGUUGACGACAAUUUUCUGCGCAGGAGUCCGAUCCAUCCUCACAAUAUAAUGCCGACUCCCCAACCGAUCGACAACACCGGAGCGAGCAACUUCGGUAACCGCAACCGCACGCAUCGAGAGCUCGAAGCCGCAGAGAUUAUAUUGCAGCUCAGUGUAGCAGAUCAGGAGCUUCCGGCUCCAAAGCGCCCACGUCAUGGUUCGCAGUACUGGAGGACCAUUGACUAG